AUGGAGCCACCAGCGAAGCGCAUACGCAUCUGGCAGUCUGUCGAAGUGGACGAGGAGAACGCCGAGUACAUCAAGGCGAAGCAAAGACAACAACAGAAAUUCAAGGGCCGACUCGAGUCGAUAUUCGAGAAAUAUGGAAAUAUGCACGAGUCAAUGAGCGACGAGAUCGACAUGGCAACCAACAGAGUAGUGGUGGACAGAGGACAUUUGCGGAGACUGAAGCGCCAGGUCGGUCGGAAGGAGACUAUGUUAUUGGACACCCUCGGCUUGGCUGUAGGGAAGGAGUCGAGAUAUGAGGGUGAAGAGGAGGACGAGGAUGAGGAUUUACAGGAUUCGGAAGAUGAAUUGGCGCCUACGCAGCCAGUGAAGUCAAAAGAUAAGGAGCCUGAACUGGACGGCCAACAAACCAGAAUACCAGACGCGCAGUCCCCACGCAGCGAUAAUACUCCGUCAGUUCCACAACAUUUAACUACCCCAGCGACUUCAAUACCACAAUUCAACGCAAUGCAGCCCCCCAAUACGCCGAAUCCAAAUCCGACUCCGAGCCUCCUACCGCUUAUUCAGUUUCCACAAACUCCUGCUGGACAGCAGGCGCAGGCUACAUUCUAUAUGACUUUGACACAGGGAAUUGGUGAAGUCAUCCAAAAAGCUAUGGCACAGUCCGGUCUCCUGCCGCCCAACUUUUCUACCCCAUUUGCAAGCGCUGCUCUGCCACCGACUACGCCGAUGAUCACCACAACCGAUAAGAUCGCACCCGCUACGGACCCGAAAUGGUUCUUCCCACCUCUGUCUGCUGCACCAAAACAGGAUCCAGUGGCUCAAUCUAGCCCUCUUCCCGCUCGUAGAGCAGCCCCGCUAGCUGAGCAAGCCGAUCAACCACUAUUAGCAGAAUCGACACCUCUGGUCGAAGAAGCCGCUCCCUCAAUUUCUCACGCAAGGCUACAGGAGAGCUCACCCACUACACAUCGCCGUACCAGUCCGCGCGUUGAGGUUCAAAGACGCCGCAUUCGUGCUACCAGAAAAUAUCACUUUACACCAGAGGACGACACAUACAUAAGCAGAAGAAAAAUGGUGGAUCACUCAUCAUGGGUUGCUAUCAAGGAAAGCCAGGCGAAAUGGAAAGACUGGCCCGCAAGUGCGAUCAGCAGGCGAUGGGCUUUGAUUAAGGAUCAAAACCUGCAUCUGCAAUCGCCAGUUAUAGCUUGUUCGAACAAUGACGUCCAUGACACUGAAAAUGAACUGGAUGAGCAAGUAGAGGCAUCUGUAACACAGUCUCAUCAUCUGCCAACUCCCAGCUCAUCCGAGCACGAAGACGGCCACAGAGAAGCCGCCGAACCAACACAAGCUUUCAAGGGAUUUUCCUCAAGCGUAUAUUAUGACGACGACGAACGAGAACUAUUGUCUCUAGCUGGUUCGGACGCAGAAGAGGAAGGAGAAGGAGAUGAGGAGGUGGUGGUGGUGGAGGAGGAGGAAGAAGAAGGAGAAGGAGAAGACCAUGAAAUCACUUGCGACGAACAAAUGCCAGACGUCCUACCAGACGAUAGUAUAAUACCCUCUAUAGAAACGACAACCAUGAUCGACGAAGACGACUUACAACGAGACCUACUCGAAAGCUUAGCCAUGCACGACGCCACCAUCACACCCCCACGCCAAACAUCAAUCCAGAUAAAACCCGAACCGAUAUCACCAUCCACACUCACUCGACGCUCCGAAACGAUCCCAGACACACCCACAGCCAACGAUGACACCAACAACUCCACACCGCACCAAUCACCUACAACCACAACCACAACCUCGCCCCUCCUCUGCCAAAUCUGCAACCGCACCUUCAAAACACCCCAAACCCUCGCCCGCCACCUAUCAAACCCCAGAAACACUCACACGCAUCCCGCCCCACCACCACCACCGCCACCAUCCCACAAACGCAGCAUCUCCUUAGACCUCAUAUCCUCCCCCACCACCACCACCACCAUUCCUAACAACGACGACAACGAUCUCCUCCCCCCAACAACCCCCCACAUCAAACGCGAACCCAGCACUACCGCCUCCCCCAGCUUCUUCGUCUCAGCCUUCCAAACGCCCAGAGCGGCGGCGGAGAGGAGAAAUAGCAAGGCUGGGUCUGGAGUGUGGUCUACGUCGAGGGUGGAGAGGAGGGCGCAUGUUAAGCAGUUGAAGCGGGGUUGGAAGGGCGUUGGUGGGUCGCCUGUGGUGUCGUCUGGGUCGAGGGGGAAGAGGAAAAGUUUGGGGGAGUUGAUGGGGGGGAGGAAGAGGGGUUGGGGGGAGGAGAGUGAGGAGAGGGAUGAGCUUUGUUUUUGA